GUGAUCUCCGAGCAUUCAUCAUCCCUGCUCUGCAGUGCACCAGCAGCUGAGUAAUAACUGGGGGGAAAACAUGCCUCAUUUAUCCCUAUCCGGGGAAUCAUGAAAUGCAACACAGGGCAGCGUUCAAUUGGGAGGCCUAGGGAUGCCAGGCUGAGCUGCUGAAGGCAGGAGGAUCAUGGGCAAGGUGGUGAUACAGGGAAUCCUGGUUUAACAACAAUAAAGGUCGUCCAUCAGAACUACUGAAAACAUUUCUGUACUCCCUAUAACAUAUCAAAUAGUGGAUUAAAGUAACUCAGCAACCCAUGGUCUAAAACUACAGCUUCAACUUCCACUGUGCCUUUAAUGUAAAUAGGAAUUAUGAGGUCCCUUUGAUAUUACGUCUUAUUAUUUUGUAGUAUAUACAACUGGCUUUCUAAAGAGCAGCCUGCAUGCACUUUAUUGUCCAAGAAAGAUAAGAUAGGCAGUGUUAUAUCCGUGUGAGAUGAAAGCAAUAGGAGCAUAUCUAAUAGGUUAGCUAGAUGCCGUUGAAGAGCGGAGAUGUGUGCUGAUCGCAUAUGUAGGACAGAAGGCGAGGGAGUGUUAAUAAAUGAAAUGAAAUAGAGGACAUUUUAAUGGAAUAUGUUAACAAAGAAGAAAGAGCUGGAAAGGAAAUAAGACACAAACUACCACAAAAUGUGCAUAUCCACAAAGCAGCAGUUCAAAGUGCAACACUGAACUAGAAGAAAAAAUGGACAGAGAUAUUGAGGCCUAAUACAACUGUUAUUGCCAUUGUGGAUUAAAUAUGGAGCUCAGCAGAAGGAACAGAUCUUUAUUAUCUGUGGUUCUCAAUCUCCUAGCCCUUAGUUUCUCAGUGGCUGCCUUCUUUACCAGCUACUGGUGUGAGGGAACACACAAGGUGGUGAAACCCCCCUGCCUUUCCGCAGUGAAGAGCAAGAACUGCCAAGCACUGGCGCUGAACAGCAGCUCCACCGGUAGUGAUGCCACAGAUACAAACGGAACGCUCAAUCCAAACGUGGUUCACUACAACUGGGAGACUGGGGAUGACAAAUAUGCUUUCAAGUACUUUCACACUGGUUUCUGGUUCUCCUGUGAAAAACAUCAAGGGGAAGAGGCCUGCCGAAGCUUUAUUGAGCUGUCACCGGACUCGGAAAAAGGUGUCCUUUGGCUGUCGGUGAUCUCUGAGUUUCUGUACAUUAUCCUCCUAAGCCUUGGCUUUCUGCUCAUGUGUUUGGAAUUCUUCUCCUCCAGUAACUUUAUCGAUGGGCUUAAAAUAAAUGCAUUUGCCGCCAUCAUCACUGUGCUGUCAGGCCUUCUAGGAAUGGUAGCACAUAUGAUGUACAUGACAGUCUUCCAAGUCACUGUCAAUCUUGGUCCAAAGGACUGGAGACCACAAACAUGGUACUAUGGCUGGUCCUUUGGCUUGGCCUGGCUCUCAUUCACACUCUGCAUGUCGGCCUCUGUGCUUACACUCAACACUUACACCAAAACCAUCCUGGAGUUCAAGUACCGCCGGAGGAUCUUUGAGAAGAACGUACGUGAGUGCAACCCAUUCCUGGACCCGGAGAUGGUGCGAUUCCUCUGGGAGAAGUACAUCUUCUCCGUCAGCAGCACAGUAGAGGACCCUUUCAACUGGCACAAAGGAUUUGGUAGCCCCAUAUUCGUGGAUAUUGGAAGCAUCACCGAUCUCCCUGGUGCUGUUAAAGAGGAGGAAAGAGGGAUGGAUUUGGAGGACGAUGGCGAUCAAUGCUAGACUAGAAAUACUACCAGCUGUACAAUAUAAAUGUCUUAAUAUUACUUCUAACACACACCUAUAUGUACCAAUAAAGCACUUCAUUCUUUUCAGGAAA